CGAUAUUUGACGAGCGAAAUGUCGAGCGGCAACACGAGAGAGAUCAUUACGAUAGACGACGAGGAAGACCAAGCCACGGAGGAGGACGGCGAGAUCGCUGCGAUUGAUUACGAGCUGCAGCAAAUAGAGAGCGAGCUGCAAAAGUUGCAGGAUCGCAAAAAGUUGUUGACGCAACGCAAAGACAAGUUGCGCGACGAUGCUCUCUUGGUAAAGAGCGUCUCCCUGUCGAAGAGAAAUUGGAACAAGGAAGAUUUCCCUUGGUCCGCGAAGCUGAGGGAAACGCUUAAGGACGUAUUCGCGAUCGAGAGGCUACGAGAGCUACAGCUACAGACUAUGAAUGCAAUCAUGUCCAAGGAAGAUGCAAUACUGAUCAUGCCUACGGGCGGUGGUAAGAGCUUGUGCUAUCAAUUGCCAGCCGUGAUGAGCAAAGGCGUAACGGUGGUUGUCUCGCCGUUGGUAUCCUUGAUGGAGGAUCAGCUGCACGGAUUGCACAAGCUCGACGUAAAGGCCGACAUGCUGUGCACAAAGGCCGGCAAGGAGAGGGUCGACGCGAUUAUGACGGCCCUCGCGGACAAGACCUCGUCGCUCAAGCUGAUUUACGUAACGCCCGAGUACAUGGCAAAGUCGAACCGCUUUAUGAACAAGCUGCAAAAGGCAUACGAGCUGGGCCACCUGGAACGGUUCGCGAUCGACGAGGUACACUGCUGCAGCCAAUGGGGCCACGACUUCAGGCCCGAUUACAAGUUUCUCGGAGUACUCAAGUCCAUGUUCCCCGGAGUGCCGAUUCUCGGGCUCACCGCGACGGCUCCGGCCAAAAUUAUCGUAGACGUGCAGAAGAUGCUGGAUAUUAGGGGCUGCCUGGUCUUGCGCGCCUCGUUCAACAGGCCGAAUCUAUAUUACGAGGUUCGCCGCAAGCCAGCGGACAAGGUGGCGUGCCUCGCGAUGAUAGAGAAUCUGCUCAAGAGUCGCUUCGGCGGCAAGUCUGGAAUCAUUUACACAACCACGAUCAAAGACGCGGAGCAAUUGACCAGCGACUUGAGAGACAGAGGCCUCAAGGUCGGAUGUUACCACGCGAUGCUCGAAGCUGACUAUCGCUCGGAGGUCUAUGCGAAAUGGAUGUCGGGCAAGUAUCAAGCGGUAGUGGCUACUAUCGCUUUCGGAUUGGGCAUCGACAAGCCGGACGUGCGAUUCGUCAUUCAUCACUGCGUGUCAAAGUCGAUGGAGAAUUUCUACCAGGAGAGUGGCCGAGCGGGUAGAGACGGCCGUAAGUCGGUGUGUCUGGUGCUCUACAGAUUGGCGGACGCGUUCAAAUUGAGCACCAUGGUGUUUCAUCAUCAAAAUAAGGUCGGCCUGCAGAACUUGUACAAGGUAGUGGCCUAUUGUCUGGACCAGACGUCCUGUAGGCGGAGCUUAAUAGCGACGCACUUUGAGGAGAGCUGGCAGGGAAGCGACUGCGCCAAGAUGUGCGACCACUGUAGGAAGCCUAGCGUGAAGAAGCAAGUGGACAUUGCGCGAUAUUGCAGACAAUUGUAUCAAAUUAUGACUAAAGCUGUGCAAAACCAAGUACGACUGACCACGCUGAAACUCGUCGACGCUUGGUAUGGCAGAGGUGCGUCGUCGUUACGGGUGCCUAGCGUGCCGGUGCCAAGCUUUACGAGAGAAUGCGCGGAUGCUAUCAUAGGGCAUUUACUGAUAAACGGUUAUCUGCAAGAGGACUUUCACUUUUCAGCAUAUUCGACGAUAUCGUAUCUUAAACGCGGACCGAAAUCGGGACUGGCUGUCGACAACGAUCACAAGAUACUCUUCAACUACGAGCUUUGUUAAUUUC